AUAGCUCGUCACUUGACAGUCAGGCUCUCCGUGUUCGGGAUGCUGGGAUGCUUGGAAUCUGCAGCAGCGGAUGACAAGUGUAUCCGGCAGCGACGCCAGCCCAGAUAAGGCGCGCAGAGAGAUCACCAGCGACAUGGCCGAGCACGCGAUCUCCGCCAUCCCCUUGCGCCAUCCACAUUUGUGGUGUGCGCUACUUUUUCCCACAAUCACAACUGUCUUCCCGUCCCAGUCCCUCGUCCUUGCGUCUUCCAUUCCCAGGCGCGGGGAGUCCCCGCGCGGCUCGACCAGCGAACAUGCAGAUUGCUCACGCCAGUGAGGAGGUCUUCGGGUCAAGCCACACGUCGCGCGCCAUCCGCGAGAGCACAAAUCGCCUCGCGAGCAUGAGCUUUACCGGCCCGUCUCUGCUCUCCGGCGGUCUGCCCCUACGGCGUGGAAGCAGCACUUCAGGAGCUGCUGCUCUCGACCUCUCCCAGCCCUCUGUUUCACCGCACGCGGGGCCCAGCGCACUCUCAAUGCUCGUGGAUCGCGGUCGGGCCGGCGACUCGGGUGAAACAACGCCACACGCCGCGCCAUCCAGUCUAGCGGACGAACACACGACUGCCGACAGCACGAAUAUACCCACAGCCAUUUCCAAGGAUCGUGCUCGCUCUCACUCUUCACACAUCCAUCCCCGUGUCAGCCUCGAGGGCGUCCAGGAGGUUGACGAAGACGCCAUGGCCGACAGCGAGCUGCGCCGUAUCCUCGCUCGCGGCGAGCCGCCCAGCGAACGCACCCCGCUCCUGGGAAAGAAGGACAACUGGGCCCAGCGCACCGCCACUGACCUGCGCGCAGCGCGCUCAUCACUCUCCAAGUACUCUCCGAAGGAGCUGGCGACCAUCGCCGUGCGCGAGCCCGUCAAGGCCCUGCCUGCCGUUGUGCUCGGCCUCCUCCUCAACGUCCUCGACGGCGUGUCGUACGGCAUGAUCCUCUUCCCUGUCUCACCCUACUACCCCGACUACGGAAGCUUGGGCGUCUCCAUGUUCUUCGUGAGCUGCAUCACCGCUCAGCUCACGUACUCUCUCGGCGGAAGCAUCUUCAAAGGCGGCAACGGGAGCAUGAUGAUCGAGGCCGUGCCCUUCUACCACAUCAUCUGUGCGCUCAUCAUCUCCGAGCUCGGCGACGACGCCGGCGCCAUCGUCGCCACGACCAUGGUCUCAUUUGCCUUCAGCUCGCUACUAACCGGAUUCGUGUUCUUCGCCCUGGGCUAUUUCAAGCUGGGCAGUCUGAUCGGGUACUUCCCACGCCACAUCCUUGUGGGAUGCAUCGGCGGUGUGGGUGUGUUCCUCUUCAUCACAGGCCUGCAGGUUUCACUCGGCCUCUCAGAGGACAGCUUCGAGUACACAUUCGCCACGCUCAAGCUCUUCUUCGCAAGCUUCCACAACGUCGUCUUGUGGGCACUGCCCCUCGCUCUCGCAAUCCUCCUCCGUGUCAUCACGCACUUCUUCCACCACCAGCUCAUCUUUCCUGCCUACUUCCUUCUCAUCCCUGCCGUCUUUUACAUCGUCGUCGCGAUCGGUGGCUGGGACUGGCAGUAUCUUCGCGACCAGGGGUGGGUGUUUGACGUCGGCCAGAACGCCAAGCCAUGGUACUCGUUCUACUCGGGUUUCAGGUUCGCCCUUGUCGACUGGGGCGUGUUCUGGAGCGCCAUGCCCACUCAGCUCGCCCUCGUCUUUUUUGGCAUCCUCCACGUUCCUCUCAACGUCCCCGCCCUCGGCGUCUCGCUGGCGGAGGACAAUGUCAGCCUCAAUAGAGAGCUGGUCGCUCAUGGCGUCUCCAACGUCGCCUCGGGUCUCGUCGGCUCGGUCCCCAACUACCUCUGUUACGUCAACACUGUCCUCUUCUACCGCGUCGGCGGCGACUCGCGCCUCGCGGGCCUCAUGCUCGCCGCGGCGACCGCCGUGGUCAUGUACCUUGGACCCGUCGUCAUCGGCUACCUGCCUAUCACGGUCGUUGCUGCGCUCAUCUACGUGCUUGGCAUUGACCUCGCCGUCGAGUCGCUCUGGGACACGCGCCAUCGCGUCAACAGACUCGAGUACAUCACGAUCGUCGUCAUCGCCGUCGGCAUGACCGUGUUCGACUUCGUCAUCGGCCUCUUCAUCGGCAUCAUCCUCGCAUGCUUCUUCUUCGUCUUGCAGAGCUCGCGCCGCAGACCCAUCCGCACCGUCUUCAACGGCAGCACCGCCAAGUCGACGGUGCGCCGGCCCAGAGCGCAGCGCGCAUUCAUCCAGCGCGUUGGGUCGCAGACGAGCGUUAUGAAACUCCAGGGCUUCCUGUUCUUCGGCACGAUCGGUGUGGUCGAGGACGAGAUCCGCAAGCUCCUCGACAUAGCCGAGUGGGAGCACAACCCCAUCCGGUUCCUAAUUAUUGACUUUGCCCUCGUCGCCGGCCUGGACUUUAGCUCCGCCGAGGCAUUUGUGCGCAUCCAACGCCUCUUGGCUGCAAAGGAUGUGCUGAUGAUUCUGUGCGGCGCGGCGCCGCACUCGGUCGUCGGGACGGCGCUCCGCGCCGUCGACCUCUGGGCCGACCAAGAGGGCACCCGCGUGGAGGUGUUCGCGUCGCUCAACGACGCCCUCGAGUGGACCGAGAACACGUACCUCACGGCCUUUUACGAGAACCAGGUCAAGGUCAAGGGCGACACGCCGGCGCCGCGCAGCAUCGACCUCCCCAAAGUUCAGCGCAUGCCGUUCACGCUGGCCGAAAGCUUCCAGAAUUCGCCACGGCGGACGCUGCUCGCGCGCGCCGGCGACGACACGCUGCCCGUCUACGUACCGGACGUGGAAGACCCGCCGCGCCCGCCCGCGCAGCCGCUCGGCAUCCUCCUCCAAACGAUCGGGAGCUACACAGACGCGCCCGAGUCCUUCUUCACGCAGUUCGCGCCGUACUUUGCGCGCGUAGCCGCGCCGGCGGGCACCACGCUGUGGCGGCAGGGCGAGGCCGCCGACGGGCUGUACCUCAUCGAAAGCGGCAGCUUGCGCGCGACGUACGAGUACAACGCGGACGACCGCGUGCUCGAGACCAUGGUGGCGGGCACCGUCGCGGGCGACCUGAGCACGCUGAGCGAGACGCACCGCAACGCCACGGUCGUCGCGGAGCGUGACGCCGUGCUGUGGAAGCUGGCGCCGCACGCCCUCGCCAAGAUGGAAAAGGACCAGCCCGAGGCCGCGGCCAUGUUCGUCAAGAUUGUGCUUAAGGCCGCUGUUGAGGAGGUCGACGUUGUGACCUCGCAUCUGAUUGCUGUUCUGUCGUAGUGUUGUUCUAGUACAAGUAUGCAUGUUUGCCGGGGUGGUGGUCCG